ACAACAAAGAUAUAAAAGCAGAAGUAUGUCUAGCACAGCACAGAGUGCCAGACUGACACUGAACAUUAAACCCAGACUGGCAUCCGUGAGCGGCAGCAGCAAUAGCAUGACAAACAACUGCUCGUUUGAGGAGGUGGACCACCUGAUGAAGUAUCUGGAGCUGAGCAUUUACAUUCCCAUCUUCCUCGUUGGUCUGAAUCUCAAUGUUGCAGCACUUUUAGUGUUUUGCUUCUUCUUGCGGAAAUGGACGGAGUCAACUAUCUACAUGACCAGCUUGGCUCUGAUGGACCUACUCCUCCUCUUCCCCCUUCCCUUCAAAAUGCACGCCACCAAACACCACUGGCCCGCUGACCUUCAACCGUUCUGUUCGGUUUUGGAAAGCCUGUAUUUUGUUGGGAUUUACGGCAGCAUCUAUACCAUCAUGUGCAUAGCUGUGGAUCGUUGGAUGGCUAUCUGUCACCCUUACAAGGCCAAAGUACUGCGUUCACCCAAAGUGGCUCUGGGGACAUGCGUGUGGGUCUGGGUGCUGGUGCUAGCAGCCCUCUCUCCCAUCAUCUAUCGCUUCAGGGAGGCCGGGCAGACGUCGGACUUCCACUGCUUCCACAGAUUUUCAACAAAAGUAUGGAGCCCGGUGGUGAUCAUCUGCCUGCAGGUGUUUGGGUUCCUGUUGCCUGCACUGGUGGUGGUUUGCUGUUCGAUUCAGACCAUCUGGGUGCUUAAACAGUCAGGCGAGCACAGCCCCCAGAGCCGGGCCUGUGUGAAGAUCAUCUACAGCAGUCUGAGUGCCUUCCUGCUGCCCUUCACCCCAAGCCACGUUGGCAUCCUGCUGCAAUUUCUGGUACACCAAGGAAUAAUUCAAGACUGCAACAACCAGACCAGGAUAAGCUUGUUUAUACAGACAGCCUUGUGUCUGUCCAACGUCACCUGCUGCCUGGAUGCUCUGUGUUACUACUUCAUCGCUCAUGAGGUGAGGAAUACCAAACACAGCUUCAGGAGAUCAAUUACAAAACAAAGAAGAGCCACCGUCAGCACUUCAGAGGUCUGACAGCAAAAAUAAUGUAAGUUAACAUGAAUAUUUGUUGUCAGAGGAGGGCUGGUGGUGAAUAGGAAACCUGGUCUCUUGAUUUAUAGCUCAAAGCAGGGCGGUGAAACUGACAAAGUGGGUGUAUUUUUUUCAGAAGCUUUUUUCAUAACUCGUCAUACACGUGUAACAGGUCCAAAUGCAAUCACAAUUAGUUCUUGAGAGUAAUACAUGAGUUGGUCCAAUGACAGGAAGCACAAAGACGCCUGUAUAACUUCCGAGAGCUCUGUGGGUGGUAAAAAUAUAAACUUUCUUUUGAAAUGAUUUAUGGCUGUGCUUGUGAGAUGGUGUUAACCACUUUAAAGUUAUCCAAUCUGCACUCUGACAAACUAAUGUAUUACGGUUCAAAUGUAAAGCAGUAAACAGGGCACGAGCAGCUCACCCACAGCUCUGCAGUCUAUAAAGUCAAAAGCCGCUCUACUGCAGAUCCACCAAUUGGGUUCAAUGGUCAAAACAGUCAGUAAAUGUGUAAGUUUUUCUAACGCUUAACUAAUUAUAAUAAACAUCAUCAUGAGGUUUAAUUAUCUCUCAUGUAUAAAAUGCGUAACUACCUAAAAUGUCAACUUAAAACAGGUCAAUAAUUUAAAAAAAUUACUUAUAUAUUGAUUGAAAUAGGAUUCUAAAUAUUAUCUUACCUGGUUUAUGAAUAAAUCAACACAUGAACCAGUAAAGAUCUGAAAACUCAUAAAUUAAAUUAAUUAGUAUACAUAUAUAUAUAUAUAUAUAUAUAUAUAUAUAAUAUAUUUUAGAAAACUUUUUUUAAAAAACUAUUUUAAAAUGUUGUGUUUUCUUAAUUUGGUCCGGGAACAUUGGGAAUUGUUUAAGAAAUAUUCCUUAUAAUUAAGUACCAACAUUUAACAGUGAUUGAAUAUAGCAGCACAAACAUACACACCCGUACAUUGUGGAUAUUCUUACGUGGUUAUUUUAUUUUAAAUACAUGAUUCCAUCCUGUACAUUAUUAUAUAAAUAAUGCCUGAUGCUUAUUGACAUUGAUGUUCUACUUGUUUAGAUUUUAAAAUGUAUCUGUACAGAGUUUAUUCUUAACAUAUUUUCAAUAACUGAUACGAAUGAGGAAGUAAAUAAGUUGAAAGUCUGGUUGAAUGUUUUAGGAAAUCAAACUGACUGACAGUGUGAGUAAUCAACUUCCUUAGAUUCACAACAAUAUAUAUUUUAUGAUAUGCUUUUAUAAAUAAGCAGUGUAAAGGUUAUCUUAAAUUGAGUUCUUUGUUGGAUUAUUUUACAAUGUAGCUUUAAAUGUGCAAUAUAAUUGAGGUUGUUAAAAGUACUGUGUGUAUUAAGAUUUUGAAUAAUAUUGUUUGGUAUUAAUAUGUUUAAUAGAGGACAUUUGUUUUAUGUGAAUGUUGUCAAAGAUAAACUGUAAAGUUGUCCAUGCAUUACCUGCUGAACGCUGCUGUGUCUUAUUUUGCUCGUGUUGAACAGAAUCCUCUUGUGGUAACAGUGGAAGGUGUUCACACGUUUCAAUUAGGGCUUAACUGUAUUUAGAAGCCGUUUUUAUUGUUUUAUUGCGUAUGAUGUUGAAUUUCAAUAUUAUUUGUUUGAGUAGGCCUACAGUAAACGUUUUUUGUGUUUUAUUUUCGCUAUCUGUUUGCCCUUUUACUUUUUUUUUUUUUUAAUCUCUUAAGAUUCUGUUCGGACCAAAUAAAACAUAGAUGAUGUAAACAUUUCACAGUAAUAAUCAGAACAAAGCCCUUACAAUUGAUAAUGCAGAUUUUGUUUGUAUUUUGUAAUCAUAUUUCUUUGGCCGAUGUGACUUUAAAGCUCAAGUUUUUAUUAUAUGACCAGUAAAGAGUUACAGAAAGAAA